ACUGUUUUCAGUGACCAGUUGGCUCACUUACUUUAGGUUAUGUUGUAAUUAUAGCUAAAAUAUUAGUUGUUUUCGUAAAUUUAUCAAAACAACUUACUUUUUAAAAGAAAUUUAUUAACACAAAAUUCCAUAUCAAAGUGCAAAGUUCAAGUAUAUUUAUUAACCUUAUUUAAAUAGUAAUAAACAAUUAAAAUCUGAAGCUUGAACUUUGUAUUAUCUUAUCUAAAUUGUAAAACGUCCAUUUUUACGAAUUUAUUUAGUAAUUAGGUGCGAAAUAAUGACUGCUUUAGCUAAAGGUAUUUUCAUUGUUGGUGCUAAACGUACCCCUUUUGGUACAUUCGGAGGUAAAUUAGCAAAAACUCAUAUAACAGAUCUACAGGUAACUGCCUCCAAAGCGGCUUUAGCUGCUUCAAACGUUAAUCCAGAAUGGGUGGAUACAGUGGUUAUUGGAAAUGUAAUGCCAUCUGUUGCAGCUGAUGGAGGAUUCUUAGCAAGACAUGUCCUUUUAAAAUCAGGAAUACCUCUGGAAAAACCAGCUUUCUCAGUAAACAGGCUGUGUGGGUCAGGAUUCCAAUCAAUUAUCAAUGGAUUACAAGAUAUUUCAGUUGGUUUGGCAGAAAUCGCGUUAACGGGAGGGGUUGAAAAUAUGUCAUCCCUGCCUUAUAUAGUAAGAAAUAUAAGAUUCGGAAAUAUCCCACUGGGAGUAUCUCCCAUAUUAGAAGAUGCUAUGACGCAAAGUAGCACCGAUACAGUUUGUAAUCUAAACAUGGCUCUGACUGCUGAAAAACUAGGCGAACAAUUCAAAUUAUCCAGAAAGGAAAUAGACGAAUUUAGUUUUACGUCACAACAACGUUGGAAAGCAGCCAACGACGCUGGAAAAUUUAAAGAUGAAAUCGUACCGGUUCCGAUAAAAGAAAAAAAGGAAAUUGUCAAUUUCGAGGUAGAUGAACACCCAAGGCCAUGGACCACGCCUGAAAUGUUGACUAAAUUACCGUCACUUUUCAAAAAGGACGGUUUGGUUACAGCCGGAUCAGCUUCGGGUAUAAGUGAUGGUGCUGCAGCGGUUGUGGUAGCUAGCGAAGCUUCUCUGUCUAAAUACAACUUAAAACCUUUAGCUAGAAUAGUAGCGCAUUCCGUAGUUGGUGUUGAGCCUUCCAUUAUGGGAUUCGGUCCCUCUCCUGCCAUAAGAAACAUACUUAAAGCUACAGGAAAAACUUUGGAAGAUAUCGAUCUAAUCGAAAUUAAUGAGGCGUUCGCAGCUCAAACUUUAGCUUGUGCUAAAGAUUUGAAGCUGGACAUGAACAAAUUGAACGUAAACGGUGGGGCUAUAGCCGUAGGACAUCCCCUAGCAGCUUCCGGGUCUAGAAUAACCGGCCAUCUUGUGUAUGAACUAAAGAGAAGAAACGGAAAACUUGCAAUCGGAUCUGCUUGUAUUGGUGGUGGUCAAGGGAUUGCUAUUAUGAUUGAAAAUAUAUAGGGUGGAACAAUGAAAAAAGUUUUUUUAUACUAAUACAAUAAAUGUUUUGUUGAGACUGCUAAUUUUGGAUUAUUGACUUCAUAUAUUUUUAUAAAAACAUGUAAUUGUUCAAUAUAUUUGUAUUAUCUACAAUUGUUAUAUUAAAAUGGCGGUUUUUA